AUGGAUGACAUUUAUGUGGCUGAGGUUCUUGCCAAAGAGGCGCGGGAUAGCUCUCAGAAGUACUCGACCGAAGGGUUAGGCGCAUAUAUGUCCCGCAAAUCUGCAAGCAAUGCUCCUAAGCCAAACACACGAUUCCUUCGCCAUCUUAUCAAAGAGACCGAUAACCAUAAUACCGCACUCAAGCGCAAAGAAGAGAGGGAAGCCAGGGAACGCAUGCGCCAACUGAAAGAGCAGUCUGCGACCGCUACAAAAUCAACAGCUCGCUCAUCGGGGCAAGACCCGUCUCGCGCCCGAGACUUGGAGAGACCACGCAAAGAAGUUCGCGAGGAUCGACGAAGACGUCGAAGUCGCUCUAUAUCCACUGACAGAGACCGUUCACGGCGGCAUCGGCGGAGGGAUGGAUAUAGAGAAAGAUCUAGAGAGCCCGAUAGGGACCGAACCGAGCGGCGACGAGAACGCCAUAGACACCAUUAUUCUCACAAAGACCGGCGAGACAAAGAUCGAUCCCAUUCAAAGUCUCGCAGUCGGUCCCCACGCAAAGAACGCACGUCUAGAUCCCACCGCAGUGAACGAUCUGAACGAUCUCGCCGAUCCGAGUCUCCACACCGCAGGUCAUCCCAUUCACACCGAGCACCGCGUGAACGGGAACGAAGGUUUCGAGAUCACGACGAUAAAACCUCUCGCCAGCACCGGCUUUCUCCACGCGAAUCAUCCGUUGAUCGCAAGCGCAAAUCACCUUCCUCCCCAAUCUUACGACCUACCGAAGACGAUUCAGAUCCCCUAGAAGAUCUCGUCGGGCCUCUCCCAGCCAGAGAGGCGCCCAUUCGCUCACGAGGCCGUGGGGCCUACAAAAUGAACGCCAGCAAUAUCGACUCACACUUCGCAUCGGACUACGACCCUGCACUCGAUAUCCAACCAGACGAGGACCACGAAGGCACCAUGCAACACACCUCCCGUCGCCCUGUCUCAGGUCUCAUGACUGCCGAUGAUGACUGGGACACGGCCAUGGAGGCAUUACGCGACCGCGCGCGCUGGAGGCAAAAGGGCGAGGAGAGGCUGCGAGCAGCUGGGAUCGGCGAGGAGACUAUUGAUCGGUGGAAGACUGAAUCUGCUUCCGCCGGCGUGAGCGGGGAGCGUCAAGCUGACGAUGUGCGCUGGUCCAAGAAGGGCGAGGGUAGGGAGUGGGAUCGGGGGAAGUUUGUGGAUGAUGACGGUCAUAUUGACGUUCGAGCUUCUUGGUCCUAG